GCACUCCUAGCACACUGGGUACCCAGCACUGGGCAGAUCUAUUCCCUGAGCUGAAAAUGAUGGACAGUGGCAAGAAUUUGCUCGUGGCUGCUUUGAUGUCAGUGCUGCUACUCCACCUGUGCAGCAAGUCAGAAGCAGCAAGCAGCUUUGACUGCUGCCUUCGGUAUACAGAACGCAUCCUUCAUCCCAGAUUUAUCGUGGGCUUCACGCAGCAGCUGUCCAAUGAAGCCUGUGAUAUCAAUGCAAUCAUCUUUUACACAAAGAAAAAAUUCGCUGUGUGCGCAGAUCCAAAGAAGAACUGGGUGAAACAGGCUGUGCAUAUCCUCAGCCAAAGAGUCAAGAAGAUGUGAAAACUGAUGCUCUCUGCUAAGGAAUUGGACAGAGCCCAAGAACAAAAGAAUCUAGCUGGAGUUGGCAGUUGAGAGUUUAGCACUUACCUGAUUGGUGCCUCCUUGGACUUGUCCAAUUGAUGAAGUUGAUACAUAUUGCAUCAUAGUUUGCUUUGUUAAGCAUCACGUUAGAGUCAAACUCUAUUUUAUGUUAUUUAUAUCUAUGUUUGUGUGUGUGUGUGUGUGUGUUGCUAUUUAAUACUAAUUUCCUAUAAACUAUUUGGUUUAGUAUGAAUGUGUAGAGGAAUGAGGUUAUAUAGCCUUUCUUGUAAGCUGCAAGCUAUUUGUAAAAAAACUAUUUAACAUUCUUCUGUCUACAUAGUUUUGUUCCUUAAACUGUUGUAAUUAACCUGUAAAAGAGAAAAAUGAUGAUUAACAAUAAAUAUUGAAAAUAAAAGAAUGAAA